AUGGCAACCAUGACUCCGUCAUCCACUUUCGCAAGCAAAGCCGUUCCUUUGAAUGGAGUCACCGAGUUUUCAUCAACCACCCACAACGGCAAUGGCAGAGUCUCCAUGAGGAAGACUCGCUGGAAAGGCAACUGCUUCGGGAGCUCUUGGUAUGGUCCCGAUCGUGUCAAGUACCUUGGACCAAUCUCCGGCGAGCCUCCAUCUUACUUGACUGGUGAAUUUCCCGGUGACUAUGGUUGGGACCCUACGAGGUCGUUAGCGGAUCUCGAAACUUUUGCCAAAAACCGGGAGCUUAAGGUUAUUCAUGUUAGGUGGUCAAUGCUUGGAGCUUUGGGAUGUGUCUUCCUUGAGCUUCUUGCCGGGAAUGGAGCCAAGUUUGGUAAGCCGGUGUGGUUCAAGGGUUACCGCAUUGCGGGAGGACCUCUCGGUGAGGUCACCGACCCCGUAUACCCAAGUGGCAACUUUGAUCCCUUGGGGCUUGCUGAUGAUCCAAAGGCAUUUAUAGAGCUUAAAGUUAAAGAAAUCAAGAAUGGGAGACUUGCCAUGUUCUCCAUGUUUGGGUUCUUUGUGCUGGCUAUUGUGACUAAGAAGGGACCAAUAGAGAACCCGGCCGACCAUCUUAUCGACCCCGUGAACAACAAUGCCUAG